UGCAGGACAGUGUGCCUCGGUGGCAUUGAACUGCAGGUUGGCUGGCAGCCUGCUGGCUUGUUGCCCACCCGGUGGGUCCCGCCCCCGGCAAGGACACCCGGAGCUCUCCCCUCAGCGCCUGCUUCGCUGAGCUCAAGUCUCCCGCUCCAAUCGUCCCCCAGCCACUCUGCCGCGUCCUGGCGCCAUGGCCAUCUCGUCUGUGCGGCCUUCGGUCCUGGUCCUGGCCGGGCUAGGGCUGCUCCUUCUGCUGUGCCUGGGUCCAGGUGGCGUACAUGGAAACAAACUCAAGCAGAUGCUGCAGAAGCGGGAAGAACCUACUCCAGCCAAGACUAACGUGGCUGUGGCUGAGCACACGGCGAAGGAAUUCCUGGGUGGCCUGAAGCGUGCCAAGCGACAGCUGUGGGACCGCACCCGGCCGGAGGUGCAGCAAUGGUACCAGCAGUUCCUGUACAUGGGCUUUGAUGAGGCGAAAUUUGAAGAUGAUGUCAACUAUUGGAUGAACAGAAAUCGAAAUGGACAUGACUACUAUGGUGAUUACUAUCAGCGUCACUAUGAUGAAGAUGCAGCCAUCGGUCCCCGCAGCCCAGAAAGCUUCAGACACGGGGCCAGCGUCAACUAUGACGACUAUUAGCGUCCCUUGCUGAGGUGCCGCAGAGCCUGCGCCUUGCUUCAGGAGGCCUUCUCCACCCACACUGUGCGAACACCAAGGGCUAAAGGAAGGAGGAAUAGACGUGCCUUUUGCAUUUCGUGCAUGCUCAUAACAAUGUGUAUCAUUUAAAAAUAGAAAUA